AUGACUGAAAAUGGGGCUAAGCGGAAAAAACGUUGGAAAACUCAAAAACAGUCAGAAAAAUUCUUCGGGCUCAGCGAAGUCACGAAGAAUACCAAGAAGUCUCCAGGAGUACAACAAAAUUUGAAAAAAAUUGAUUCCCUGUGGAACGGAGCCCAGAUUACAAAAGUCACAAAAUCUGCUGUUUCGCCCUUUUUUUAUUUUUAUAUGUUUUGUAAUUGUCGAUUAUUACGGAGAAAUCGAUUUGUGUCAAUUUUCCGUAGUAACAAAGAACGUACACUGUUUGGCUUAGGUCCCAAACCACCAUUUCCGUUUCCAUUUGCACAAAAAACACAAAAAUAUGCAGAAAAAAGACUUUUGGGAUAUACGCCUACUGAGUUGUAUGAUGUUGUCGUUGAUGUGAAGAAAUAUCGUGAAUUUGUACCAUGGUGUGUAAAAUCAGACGUAUUGGGAUUAGAAUAUCCUGGCAUGUUUAAAGCAAGAAUGGAAAUCGGUUUUCCACCGGUGAAAGAAAGUUAUAAUGCAUUAGUCACAUAUCACAAACCCACUGUAGUCAAAUCUGUUUGUACCGAGGGUAAAUUAUUUAAUCAUUUGACGACCGAAUGGAAAUUUUUGCCAGGUAUAGAAACAAAUCCAAAAUCUUUGCAUGUAAAUUGUGUAAUAAACAUGCUGUCUAAAUCUACGCCGCAAUAUACGUGGUUUCAACGUUUUGUGUGUAAUAUGAUUCGUUAUGGUGGUACUAUACCACGUCAUAUAGCCAUUGUUAUGGAUGGUAAUCGUCGUUAUGCACGCGAUAAAGGUGUUGCACGUUCCAAAGGUCAUUUAUUAGGAGCUGAUAAAUUAUUUGAAGUUUGCCAAUGGUGUCAUGAUUUGGGUAUUAGUGAAUUAACUGUUUAUGCAUUUAGUCUAGAAAAUUUGAAACGUUCACAAGAUGAAAUUGAUACAUUAAUGUCUAUAGCUCGUAAUAAACUAUUAGAAAUAGAAAAAUCAAUUGAUAAAAUUCAUGAACAGCAAAUAUGUAUACGUGUUAUUGGUGAAAUUGAUUUAAUACAAGAUGAUUUACAAAUAUUAAUUAAAAAAUUAAUGUCACAAACAAAACAUUAUCAACGUUUUAUAUUGAAUGUUUGUUUUUAUUAUACAUCAAGAGAUGAGAUAACAAACGUUAUUAAAGAUUUAGCUAGUGGUGUAGAAAAAAAUUUAUUAGAAAUAAAUGAUAUUGACGAUAAUUUAAUUGUUCGAUGUCUAUCAUUAUCCUCAACAACAUUACCAGAUAUAUUUCUUCGAACAUCUGGUGAAAUUCGAUUAAGUGAUUUUCUUCUCGUGCAAUGUCGUUUUUCAUUAUGGUUAUUUGCUGAUGUUUAUUGGCCAGCAUUUAAUUUAUGGCACUUGUAUUGGAUAUUGAUUCAAUAUGAAAUGAAAUCAAAUGUUUUAACAAAUGUGAAACAAAAAUGUUCUGAUAUUUUGAACAAAUUUUAUUUGCAAGAUGAUGAAGACACAAUGCAUGCUCGAAAAAGAGUGACCAGAAUUGAGAAUUUUUUAAAAUCUCUAGAAAAUGAACGAUAUAAAAAGUUAGAGAUGGUUACAAUUUUUUGA